GUGAGAGCUAGAGAGUGAAGCCACAGAAUGAGUGUGCCCACUGUGGUGUGCCAUGCUUUAAAGACCAUCCCACAAUUAAUGAGAAAAGCUACAAGCCUUUCCACACUGGCAUUUUUUCCAGCACUGUGUGGGCAACAGCCUUUCAAAGGGAUGGUAUCCCAUGUUGAAAGUUAUUACUAUCACUGUGGUGAUAUAUCUAUAUAUCUUUUGUCUUGUGCCCCAGUUUCCUUUCUUUUCCCUGUGUUAAAUUCCCCUAUGUUUGAAAUAAACCACCUGUAUAUAUAUAUGUUCUGAAUGUUGGAGAGAACAGGGAAAAGAUAGAUGAGACUUGUUAAGAAGGAAAAAACAACCAAACCAUUGAGCAUUGUUAGGUGUAGUCUUUGAAUGCCUGGAAUUGUGCACCACAUCAUGGGAGGCAAAUCACCUUAAAAGAGAGUAACUUCUCUUCCCUUUACUCAUUUCAGCAAAGGAGGCCUGGUUGGAUUUUUGACAGGUGGUAGGGAAAGUUUGAUUAAUUGACUUAUCUAGGAGGGGAGGAGGAAGGGAGGGAAAGAGAGAGUGGGGCGAGAGAGAAAGAGAGAGAAAUGUAACAGUCAGCAGUCUGUUCCUCUCCCCUGAUAUAGCUUUUCUUAUAACAGAGCAGUCAAAUGACAUCCACAUUUUCUCCUUCCUGCUAUCUAAUGAGUUUAUGCUGAGGCUGUGGAUCUACUUUGCAGCACAUUAAUAGUCUUAUAACAGAAAAAUAAGCCCUGCUUAACAUUCAGUUAAGCAGCAUAUAGAUAUUAGCAUAUAGAUAUAGAUAUUCAAAGAUGAGAAUAAUGUUUUCAUAAAUCCUACAAUCCGAUAAUUUGAAUUUCUUGCUCUUUGUUGUUAUUGUUGCUGUUGUUAUUUCCUCUAUCAGUAUUUGUUCUAAACAUUUUUGGUUUGUGCUUUUUGACAAUGUGAUUUUGUAUCUAAAUAUUGUUGUUACAGAAGCAUGCAAAUACUGGCAUGUAAUACCCAAAGCUUAAAAGUUGUUCCCACAUCUUUGAAAAAAAAAAAAUCAAUCUUCCUCUGGCCUGGUUGGACACUAUGUACAACCCACUAAAAACAUGGUUAAAAGCACCAGGGAAGUAGGAAUGUAAAUCACCAAGAUGGAAGUGUAAUUCAUCUGAAAUGGCUGUAUUUGAGUACCUGGACGGUUAUAACUUACACUAUUACAGCAACAUUGUUUUGGUUUUUGAAACAUAACAAAUGACACAGAAAAUAGUGUUUGACCAGUGGCAUACAAGAAGCAAUCCAUAGUAUAUGGAUUUGUUCAAUGGCAUUUAAAGGACCUUGAUUAAAAUUCAGUCCAGACUGGAAUGAUGAGAAGACUGUUUACUUGAAGGCUGUUUGAAGCCAUAAGUUGCACUGCAGACAGGGACCAUAGGGAUGCAUAGAUUGAAACAGUUUUUACCUUGCAGGUCUGGAAACUAGCUGUCAGGAGCAUCUGACAUUUUAAAAGAGGGGUAUAAAAAUUCUUGAGCAGUAUGACUGCUGUGGCGGCUGCAGCUUAUGAGUUUUCGUUUGCAUUGUUAUGCAAGUUAAUGGCUCCGCAUCAAAGAUCAAGGCAAUAAUAACCAUCUUGUUUGCUGGCUCUGUGUUCCUUCUGGAAUUAUUGCAGAUGUUAUGCUACAGAUACUCCUUCCCCCUUUUUGGGGAUAAGUGGUGUGCAUCUGCAAGCAUAUAAUGUAAAGCAGACAGCUCUUUUGUUCGGUCUCCGUGCACACACUACAACAAAAUACCUUUUCUUUAUGGCAGAGGAUAAAAUAAUUAGAUCAUGGUUCACCAUAGCAGCACGGCACCAUUUUCUUUUUAAGAACAAGUCGCAUUUCUGUCGUGAGCCCAAGAUUUGGAACAAAGGAGAUCCAACUUUGCCAACUGCCAUUGUUUUGCUUGUAUCCUACAAGCAGAGGCAUGUGUGACCAAUUGGAAAAGAACAUUAUGAAUAUUGUAGAAUAAAAUACUUUGAAGAAAUCAUUUUGUGUUUAGUCUAGAUUGCAGAGCAGUUUCUUCAUAAAUCAGAUAAAGAUUCCAACAUUUUGUGAGAAUGAAUGUGGAGUUUAUUUGUUCUCUUUCUUUCUUAAAAAAGGAAAUGUGGCAGCAUACUGUGCUUCAGAUGCCACAAAGAUUAACAUGUUGAUCUGGUGAUUUUUUCUCUCUCUUGCAUCUGGCUGUGGGGUUUUUCUUCCAUGCUAGUGUUGUGUAUGCAAGUUAGAGUGAUUCCUCAAGGAUUAAAGAUUCUGGAAUUGUCAUGAGGAAACUUAAAUCUCUGGUGGCAAAGUGGAAUGGAAAUAUAUUUACAACAUCCAGAAGCAUCAGUUUUUAGGACAGAAGUUGUGUGGCUUCUCUGCCACACUUCGAAUGUCCUUAUUUUUUCACUCUAGUUUUUUGGGAUAUGAGUAAAUUAUGCUCUGAUAUAGACCUCUUCUUUGAAAAAAGUAUAAAAAGACACAUUUUGCUUAAAAUUAAGUAUUUGGGGAUGAAAUAAUUUAGAAUUUCACGAUUUGAUAGAAAAUGUGUAUUUAAAGUGAUGAAUUUCUUGCUUUAUUUUUUGAAUGUGGUCUGUAAUAUUCCCUGCCCAAAUAAUAUUAAUCGAUGAUGAUGAUGAUGAUGGCAGUUUAUUUUGUACCCACCUCUCCUCAAGGUAUGAGACGGGGUACAGCAGAGUUAAUAGAUUAAAACAUGAAUCUCUUUAAAACACAUAAUUAAAACACAUAACAUAAGAUUAAAUAAUAAAAUCAUUCGCAUUUGUAAAAUAUCAAUUUUAAAUAAAAGUCUUUAAUUCUGAUGGCACUUUUAACUGUAGAAUCUUUUCCAGAGCAGGUCAUUCUGCAGUCUAGGUUUAACUGAUAAAUAAGUCCUCUGGGUUACAGUUGCCUGUUGAGUUCUUGCUGGUCAAAGUAAAUACCCCCCCCCCCCAGAGUACCUGAGUGUACAGGGCAGAUUGUAUGUGUUUCAUAUUUCAUCAUAGGUUCACUCCUGGGGUUAUUAGCAUUGGACUUGUAUGAGUAGACCCAUAGGAAGUUCUACUCUUCUCUGAGGUUGUAGUUUCAAAGUUCUUACGUAUUUUCAUAAGAAGAAUAUGAAUGUAUAUUCCUUUGUUCAGGAAAACAGUGAAACUCUUCAAACAAAAAUGUAUGACGCAUUCACAAAUUUAAUUCUAGUUCAAAGUAGUGAAAGUGUCAGUUCGCUAUCCCUUGCUCAGUGGUCAAAUCCAGUGCAACCCCGCUGUUCUUUUUUUUCUGCACUAACAUUAUGGUGGACCCAAGCCUUGGGGUAAGAGAUAAUUAUGUGCCAACUCCACUUAGCAAUCAUUAUGUUAGAACAGGGGUUUAUACCUUGGUCUCCCUGAUCCUGAUAUGACAUUAAAAUGACUAACCUACACUAGCUUGUCAUGGCAAUUAAAUCUGAAUGACUGGGACAUUCUUCCAUGUAUUAUUUACACGCAUUCACAUCAGUACGUAAACAAGAACAUCUGUUGCCUUUCCCCAACAUGGAAGACUCCCAAAAUCCAGAAAAAAGGGGGUAACUCCACAAUUUUGUUCAUUUUGUGCCAUGGAAUCAAACAAAUUCAGAGUAAAUAAAAUAAUUUUGUCUACAGGCAACAAUGUCCUUACUCUGGUUUACAUACAGAAAUAUUCAAGGAACUUGCAAAAGGUGGGUUGCUUUUCACAUAUGAGUCCCUAGUAUUUUUGCUUCUGCAUUUUCCUGUUUCAGGUUAGAUUCCAACAGCCAAGCAAUUGUAUUAUUUAUUAUUAUUUCUGCUAUACAAAAUAGGAUUGAAAUGCAGGAUACAGCUAAGUUUGCAUGAAGAGUUAAAUGCCAGAGAGUAACUGAGAUUUUUUAUCAGGGAUUCCAAUAAGGAGCUAGACAUAUGUCUGAAAUGCAGUGUUCCCAUGGUAAGAAUAGCAAAGGGAAAUGAGUUGAGUCAGUGAAUGAAGUGUGUAAUCUUGCUUUUAUUGAAGACAGUGUCACAGGAGAGAAAAGAGAAUAGACAAUAGCUAUAGAGUAGAACAAAAAGGUAUAAAAGUUAACAGAAGAAAUUUUAUUAGGGUUACUUUCAAUCUCUCUAUUUGUGCCCCUGGUGGCACAGUGUGUUAAAGCACUGAGCUGCUGAACUUGCGGACCAAAAGGUCCUAGGUUCAAAUCCCUGGAGCGGAAUGAGUGCCCACUGUUAGCCCCAGCUCCUGCCAACCUAGCAGUUUGAAAACAUGCAAAUGUGAGUAGAUCAAUAGGUACCGCUCUGGCGGAAAGGUAACGGCGCUCCAUGCAGUCAUGCCAGCCACAUGACCUGGAGAUGUCUAUGGAUAACGCCGGCUCUUCGUCUUAGAAAUGGAGAUGAGCACUAACCCCCAGAGUCGGUCACGACUGGACUUAACGUCAGGGGAAACCUUUACCUUUACCUUUUUAGAUAUAUAUAGAAAUUUCAGGGAUCCUGUAAAGAUCACAGUAAUGAUAGGUGCUAGACUUGGACAGAAAUUUUAUUGAACUCAAUUAUAGUAACUUUUUUUCACCAUGAGAAAAUUCACACUAUGACAUUUUAAACGUUUGGAAUCUCACAGGGCAUUCCAGAUAAAUAAAGUCGGCAUAAUACUAUGCCCAUAUUUUAAAUAUGAACAUCAAAUUGAAAAAUAUGGAGAAACACAUGUUGCAUUGGGUAAAGUGUACAAAUAGAUGCACAAAUAAAAAUGCUAUUUUUAAAAAAUGUGAAUUUCAAGAAAGGAAGGAUAUAAAAACAGGAAGUAAAUGCAGGUAGGAGUUCAAAAAUUCAACAAAACCAGACUGAAAUACUUUUCAUCCCUAAAACAGUAUAUGAUUAUAUGGCACUGAAUGUUGUUCUGUUCUGUCCUGUCUAUCCAAAUGGCAUUGAAUGUUUACCUUGUAUGUGUACUGUGAUCCUGAGUCCCUUUGGAGAGAUAGGGUGGAAUAUAAAUAAAGUGUUAUUUUAUUAUUAUUAUUAUUAUACUUUAUGAUCUUGGUCUGUUUUUGUUUUUGUUUUGCUUCUGAUUUUGAGCAAGGUCAAGCUGCUGCAUCAAGCAUUUGGAUACCAGUCCAUUAAAUAUAUAUUUUAAGAGCACUGUUAUAUUCUGGCAUAGCCUAUUUGACAGUGAUUCUGUAUGAAAAAUAUGGCUGUUUCUGUGGUCAUUCAGUCAUCCUGAAUUUGUCUUUGAUUUUGAAGUUCUCUCUUGGUACUCAAAUAGCAAUUUCUCUUCUUCCCUAUGCGUCAAAUUUAUCAAAGGGGUGAAUGAUUGGAUAAGCCAAACUGGAUAGAUAGAAAGAGCAUACAUUUCAUCACAGUUAUAAGCAAAACAGAAUAGUCAACUGAAAAAUUCAGAACAGAAAGGAGAUGUGAAAGAAGAAGCAGAAAGGCCAAAUAAAAGAUUACUGAAGUAAUCACUACAAGAAACAAUGGAAGAGUAAACUUAAGGGGGUUUUUUGGGUUUUUUUUUUUUUGCUGAAUCAUUCAAAAGACUGGAAAGGAAAUUUUUAUUAGACAGAGUAGUUAUGCGAGGAGAAAAAAACAAGAAAGGGAUCAAAAGUAAUAUUGAGUUCAUGAGCUUGAGGGGUGAAAGUAACCGUGAAUGUACCUGCUAGAAAAAGUAGCUAGAAGAAUGUGUUGAGUAGGCAAAGAGAGGCAAGUUUAUCAGCUUUCCGUUUUAUCAGAUUUCAGAAGUCUCCUGUACAGAAAUUGCAGAGGAAGCAUAAGAAAUCCUAGUUAAGGUGAAGAGAACACUAAAAUGGGAGGUCAUCAGUUAACAGAAGAUAUUGGAGACCAAAAGAACAAAUAACAGAGUCAAGAUGAAGAAACGAAAGAGGACACAGAACAGGCCCUAUGGAUACUUCAAUAAACAGUGCAUUCCUAUGCACCAGCUCCCCACCCCAUGGCUCCUCCCAGCCCCAGCACUAAUAGUAGCAACAACAACAGCAACAACAGCAGUGGCGAACAGUUGAGUAAAACCAACCUGUACAUCCGAGGCCUUCCUCCCGGAACCACUGACCAGGAUCUUAUCAAGCUGUGCCAACCAUAUGGAAAAAUUGUAUCAACGAAAGCAAUUCUAGACAAAAACACAAAUCAAUGUAAAGGUUAUGGUUUUGUAGAUUUUGACAGUCCAGCAGCAGCACAGAAAGCAGUAGCAUCUCUUAAGGCAAAUGGAGUGCAAGCCCAGAUGGCAAAGCAACAAGAACAAGACCCUACAAAUCUUUACAUCUCAAACUUACCAAUUUCCAUGGAUGAGCAGGAGCUGGAGAAUAUGCUGAAACCCUUCGGACAUGUCAUUUCCACCAGAAUAUUAAGAGAUGCAAAUGGUGUCAGUAGAGGAGUCGGCUUUGCCAGGAUGGAAUCUACUGAAAAAUGUGAAGUAGUUAUUCAGCAUUUUAAUGGAAAAUACCUGAAAACACCCCCUGGUGUGCCAGCCCCAACAGAACCUUUGCUGUGCAAAUUUGCUGAUGGAGGGCAAAAGAAACGACAGAAUCAAAGCAAAUACACACAGAAUGGGAGGCCAUGGCCAAGGGAAGGAGAGGCUGGCAUGGCUUUAACGUAUGACCCUACGGCUGCUAUACAGAAUGGAUUUUAUUCCUCACCGUACAGUAUUGCUACAAACCGCAUGAUUCCACAGACAUCCAUCACGCCAUUCAUUGCUGCUUCCCCUGUCUCCACAUAUCAGGUUCAGAGUACUUCAUGGAUGCCUCAUCCGUCAUAUGUUAUGCAACCAACUGGUGCUGUGUUAACACCAACAAUGGAUCACACAAUGUCCAUGCAGCCAGCAAGUAUGAUGGGCCCCUUGACACAACAGAUGAAUCACCUUUCCUUGGGCACAACAGGAACGUAUAUGACAGCUGCUGCACCUAUGCAAGGGACCUACAUUCCCCAGUACACUCCUGUGCCUCCAACAGCUGUCCCUCUUGAAGGUGUUGUUGCUGAUACCUCUCCGCAGACUGUAGCAUCGUCAUCACAGGAAGCCAGUGGUCAACAGCAACAGAUGGCAGUGGAAACUUCCAAUGAACAUGCAUCUGCAUAUUCCUACCAACAGUCAAAACAAUAAAGGACUGAAAAAUGUUGCUCUGAAAAGUUUGCCUUGAAUAGAGAAACUUCAUUGAACAAGAAGUUGGCUUCCAGUUUGCACAGGCGUCAACAGAUUUUUCUUUUUCAUUUUCUACCUUACCCAACAGAAAACAAAACAGUGUUUCUAUGUGCUGUGCAAAUUGUUCAGUCAUGUAGUCUGAUAGUUUUAUUUUUGCUAUUUUUUUAUUAAAGAAUAAAAGACCCACAGCGAAACACUGGGUUGAUAUUUCAUCUGAAUGAACGUUUGAAAUUCAGAAUUUACUUGCAAGUGUAGAUAAUUUGUUUCUGUUUUCCAAACAACAACAGAGAACCAAUGAUGUCACGAGGGAGGAGGCUGAGAUGAAAACUAAUGAUCUUCCUCAAGAAUCCAGCUAUUCUUUCCCCCUUUCUUGUUGAAUUCAAAUGUGUCUUUGAUUUAGGGUUUUUGUUUAUGUUUUUUUAAAAAAAGAAAUGUUUAGGUAAGGUUUAUCUUGAAUCUUAAUUGCCUUAAUUUUAAGGACGUCAAAGGCUCUCAAGGCAAGCUGUCAACGUCUUGGUGAAAGAAAGGAGAAGGAAUUCAAAAUUAGACCAGGAUCAACUGGGGCUGAAGCUCAAGAGACUCAAUUUUUAGAUGAACGGCAACAACAAAAUGAUAAACUGUACAGUUUACCAGAAAAUGAUUUUUCUUCUUUUGAAGAAAACCUGUUGAUAAAGGAACUGUGGCAACUUCAAGAAUUAAAAAAGAAGACUUUAAUGAACUUUCUUCAUGUUGACAGAGAAGAAUAUAGAAGGCUAAAGUGUUUUACAAUAAAAUUAUUGAAUGGGGUGGGGUGGGGGAUCAACUUGCAUUUUAAGGAAUGCAGGUUUUUUUCUUGCAGAAUGGAGAUUUUUUUUUAAUUUACAAAGCGUGAUCGCUGGCAAAAGCAUUAGUGCUUUUUAUCUGCAGUCUUUUUUAUGAGCUUUAAAAAGUUUUUAGUCUGCUUUGCUUGUCACAUUGCAAACACCUAGCUUAAAAGCAUUUUUGGGGGAGGGGGACUUACGUAGAUAGGAGCUUAUGGUCAAAAAAGUGCAAAAAAAGCAAUAGCUAGAAGAAAUUGUUGACAAUUUCUGUAGUCUUUCCUAGUUGUGAUCAAAAUGCAGCCUAUGGAUGGCCUAUUUUAUACCAAAGAUGAAAUGACACCCUACCGAAGUCCAGAAGAUAGAGGGUUUUUUUCUUCUUUCUUUCUUUUUUAAAAAAGAAAAAAAAAUCUUUAUUUGACCUACAUGGCCGGACCAGUUCGUAUCUUUGUGUUUGUUUAAACUAUCUUCCACUGGUACUUUACGUCCUACAUACUUAGGCUUCUAAUGGAAAGAUCUGAGUAGUUGGCAUUUAGAACCGCUUAGCAGAAUUUCACAGCAUGAAGGAAUAUAUGGGUGCCGGCUCUUCUACCCAGGCAUGUUUUAACUUUGUUGCAUUUUUGUCGCGUUGUCUAGUUUCUUUCAUACUGCAAAUCUUGUCUUCCUUUUUCAUAGCAUCCCAGGUCCAUUUCUUCUCAUCUUUCAGUAACAGAAAAAGUAAUCCUCAGUUUGCAUUUGGGUGGUGCGUUAAAGUUAGUUAGAGAAUGACAAUGACAAGAGAGGUUUGGUGUUUUCAUUUAACUCUCCUGUGCAAGAAGAAAAUUUUAAGGUGGCUCACAUUAGUUCUUUCAUGCAAGCAUGAAGUUAAUCACUUUAUACUAACUGGCUUUUUGUGGUCUUAAUAUGUUUGCUGACAAUCACAAAUUAAUCUGAUUAGGCAAAAGACAAUAGCAAUUAAAUUGAAUCAGUGCAAACCUAUUUUUAAAAGGUAAAAUAUUAUAUUGAAUCUUUAUAUGGAGGAUUUAAAAGAUGUCACCUUGUGCCCCUUCCAUUCAAAAAGAGAGAGGGAUAUCAUGCAGUGACAAUUUUGGGACCGGCUGGCCAUGGAGAAAGGACUUCCAGAUCUUGCCAGCAAGGUAUGUGGAAAGUGUACAUUCCAUUGAUUUUCAGCUCCCUUACACUCCACUACAUUCCCCGAAAUUAAAAGUGGCACAAAAAACUAGGAAUUUCUUCCUUGCAAGAACUAGUUAAAGAAAAUGAAGCUAUGUAUGAACAAAAGCUGUAUGAGUGGCCUGUCAUUCAAGGAGGGAGCCCACCUCCACAUUGCCACAUGGAUCAGUGGCUGCCCCUCACCAUGAUCAUGAACAGUGGACUUGGAACUCGAGACUUCUGCCCCGAAUUAGACUUGUCAUGAGGCAACAUCCUUUAUAAGAGACAACAAGAUCUAGCAAAGGAAGCACUUAAAAAUGAACCAAAAUAUUGAAAUGGCCCUGCAUCUAAGGGGGAAAGAAAUGGUCAUUUCAGUGGCUGAGGUAUAUUCAGAACAGGGUAACCAUAUUGAUAAGAAAAAUAUAAACAAAUAAUUUAACAGCUUUAUUUUGGUUCAAUUAAAGCUACCACAAAAACUCAAUUGUAAUAAAAAAAAGGGUUGUGCAGAAGCACUGUUGGGUUUGUGCACAGAAUCUGUGGUUACUUUGAAUAACUUUUAAAAGAAGCAAGUAUUUUUUUAAGAAUUCUAAAAAGGUUUUCCUUAUUUUUCAUGUAGUUAUCCUGGGUUUGGUGGGGAUGGGGUUGGGUUACCAGAACAAAUGGCUGCUAAAUAUGCAACAUUAAAAAGGAAAAAGAAAAUAGGAUGACACCUAGUGAACCAGCACAGAUAAGAGGUCUUGGUUACCUGGGGGAAAAGGAUCAAAAACUAGAUGUAGGAUCCAGUAACUACAAGUUAACUUUUCUGGUGAAAAGGACCACACAGCACCGGGGGAGGGGGUGUCAAUAUUAUGUACAGAGAUCUCUAGUGUCUUCCUUUCUUUCAUGCGCUUUGACAUUGCUGUUUCCUUUCUAUGAGCAUCACUUUUUUUCUCCAGAAAACAAUGUGUCCAUUGGAGUGAUGUAUUAAAAAUAAUCAAGCAA